AUGGGGUGUAUAAAUAGCAAAAUAAAAGAGAAAAGAAAAAUAAAAAGAAGAAAAAAGGAAAAAUGUAAUUUAAUAGGAAAUAUUGAAAGGAAUAAUGUAGGUAAUAAAAAUGUAUCAACAUAUUUGAUAAAAGAAAAAAAUAAUGGAGAGCAUUUUGACUAUAAGAACAAUAAAAAUAUAGAGCAUAAUAAUGAUAAUAUUUAUAAUAAUGAUAAUAAUAAUAUUAAUUAUAAUAGUCCUUAUAUUUAUAAUGUUAAUAAUAAGAUUACUAAUAAUGUUGAUAACUCAAAAGAAAGAUUGUAUUACAAAAAAAAUAUAUUUAAGAAUAUUUCAAAUAAAUGUAGCGAUAAAAAAUUACCUACAAGUAGUGAUAAAGAAAAUGAUUCUUAUGUAAUAAAAAAUUCAACAAAUGAUAAAAGUAUAAAAAAUAAUGAUAAUAAUAAUAAUAAUAUAUUUUUGUUUAAAGAUAUUAAUGACAAUAAAUUGAAUAAAUCUUAUUAUUAUAAUGAUGUUUAUAAAAAUAUUGAAUCAAAUAAAUUUGAUAUUUGUAGAAGUAGAAGUAUGGAUUUAGACAAUAUAAACAUGAGUUAUAAAUUAACACAAGACAAAAAAAAAUAUAAAAUUAAAAAUUAUGAUAAUAAUAAAAAAAAAAAUGAUAAAUUAGUUAAGAAUUCAUUUAGUAAUAUUAUACAUACCAUUAGUAAUACACUAUUAAAUAGAAAAUCAUAUAUAGACAAUAAAUAUAAAAAACAAAAAAAAUUACAAAGUACACAUGAUGUGUUUACUUCAUAUAAUAAUAAUAAGAAUGAUAAUUUUAUUGAUGACCAUCUUAAAAAAUUUCAAAAUGAGAAUGAUUUUUAUAUGUUAUAUUUAAAAAAUAAUUAUAAAAAUAAAAAGGAAGAAGAAAAAUUAUUAAAAAGUAUGAAGAAAAAUAAGGAUCUAUUAAUGUAUUAUCAUGAUUUUAAAAAUAUUAUAUUAAAAAGAAAUUCAUUCUUAUAUAUAUAUGAAUAUUAUAAAUAUAAUUGUGAUGUUUUUAAUUUAUUAUCUUUAAUGCCUAGUCAUAUAUCAGAAAAUAAACAAGCAUCAAAAAUAUUAUUUGAAAGCUCUUUCAUUGGAAAAUAUAUUAUAUUGCCAUGGAUAGAUAAUGAUCCAGAUAUUAAAAAUAAUCUAUAUUUGAAAUAUGUACAAAAUUAUUUAGAUAUAAAAGAACAAAUUCAAGAAAUAAAUCAUACUACAUAUAAGAAUAAACAAAAUGAACAAUUAUCAUAUUGUAACCUCUUUAAUAAUUCAAUCAAUAAUAAUAAUCAUGAUGAUUAUUAUAAUUUAAAAAAAAAGAGAUCACACAAAAAAUAUAAAAAUCAAUCCAACUUUUCUUAUACAUCUCUUUUAUGUAGUCAUCUAUAUGAAAAUAAAAAAAAAGGUAUUGUACUCAAUAAAAUGAAUAAAAAAAAUCUAUAUUUAAGAAAAAGAAAUGAAAAUAAAAAUAUACAUGUAACUACUAAUAAAACAAAUCUUAGUCUUCACAAUAUUUUUAAAAAUAACAUUCGAAAUAAUCUCAUGUAUAAUAAUACAAAAGAAUCUUAUAUCAAAAUAAAAAAAAUAAAAAAUAAAAAAAAAAUAAAAAAAAUGAAUAAUAUAAAUAAUAUAAAUAAUAUAAAAGAUAGUGAAAAGGGGAAUAUAAAAAAUGAACACUCAACUCAUGAACAAAAGGACUUUUUAAUUCAUUCCAAAGAUAUCUAUAAAAUAGAUAUGACAUUAAAUGAUAUGUUCAAUCAGAAUACAAAAAUAAAAUCAAUAAAUCACAUAGACGAUAUAGGUAUAAACGAAUAUACAAAUAAUAAAAAUCAUAAUAAAAAUAAAUUAAAUGACAAAAAACAAAAUAAUAUAAAUGAAAAACAUUAUCAUAACACACAUGGUAUUAAUACAUUUAUAACACCUAACGAUGAUAAUAAAAAAAAUGAUAAAUGUGAUCAUAAUAUAUAUGAUUAUUAUAUUACUUCAUCCAUAGAUACUUUUAAUUCCAGGCCCUUUUCAUCAUCCAACCAAUAUGAAAACAAUAAUGAUGAUAAGAAGAAAAGGGAAAAUUCUAAAAUAAAUGCAACAUAUCAAAAAAAAAAACAAAAUAAAAAAAAUAAUAAUAAUAAUAAUAGUAAUAUUUAUAAUAUUGUUAAACCUUCAUUCCUUUUUGAAGCAAGUUAUAUAGAAGAAUCUAACCAGGCGAAUAUUAUGGAACAUAAAAAAUAUCAAAAUGACGAGAAAGGUCUAAGAAUACUUAUGAAAGAUAGUAGGAAUGAAAAAAAUAUAAAAAUGGAAUACAUUAAUGAUAUACAAUAUAAUAAUCUGGAGUAUUAUAACAAAGAAAGAGAUAAUAAAAUAUAUGAUCUUCAUACCUAUAGGAAUUAUAAAAGUGAGAAAGAAGAAAAACAUUAUGCCCAAAAUGUAGAAAAUGAAAAAGAAGGUAUAGGGGAAAAAAAUAAAAGUAAAUCAUACCUAAAAAGUAAUACAAGCAAAUAUAAAAAAAUUGAAAAUAAUAGUUAUAAUAAAAAUGUGUAUAAUAAUAAUGGUAGUGAUAAUAAGAUAGAAAAAUAUGAACAAAAUGAUAAACAAAAAAAAUAUAAACAUAAAGAAUUGAAGAAUAUCAAAUUAGAAUGGGAAAAAUGUUUAUUAGAUAACUGUGAUCAUAAAUAUAUAGUAAAUGAGGAUUGUAUUAAAAAAAAUUAUAUGUGUUGUAAAAAAUGUGAUAAGAAAAGAUGUAUAUUUCAUUAUGUAAAUGGUUUUAAAUUAUAUGGAUGGUUGAAUUACAAAUGGACCGACCCCGAUGGGUUUUUAGAAUUAAGUAUUAGACAAAAAAAAAAAUUUGAUUCUUGGAAAAGAUUAUCAGAUUUAUAUGAGAAUCCAAUUGUAAUGUCUCCUUAUUUAUAUAAUAAUUGUAUAAGACAAGGUUUCGUUGCUGAUUGUUCAUUUUUGUCAUCAUUAACUGUAUUAAUAGAAUAUGAAAAGAAACAUAAGAUACCAGUUAUUUCUAGUAUUAUAACUCCAUGUACUUGGAAUUAUUUAUCUGUAAAUAAAACAUGGCCUAUUUUUAAUCCUUGUGGUAUGUAUAUAUGUAGACUUCAUUGUAAUGGUAUACAAAGAAAAAUAAUUAUAGAUGAUUAUGUUCCAGUGAAGAACAAUAAUUCCUUGUUAGUAGCAUAUUCAAAUAAUCAAAAAGAAUUAUGGGUUACCUUAUUAGAAAAAGCUUUUGUGAAAUUGAUGGGAGGAUCAUAUUCUAUGUUUGGUUCUAAUCCUGGUUCUGAUUUGUAUUAUUUGACAGGUUGGAUACCAGUAACAAUAUCGUUGAAAUCUAAGAUCAGUAGUUCUCCCCCGUCAUUUGACAAGCAUAGUAUGCAUUCUUUGAUAAGGGAUGAAUAUAUAGAUGGGUAUAAUGAUGGCUAUAUAGAUGGAUGUACAUAUAAAAGUGAAAUCGUAAUGAUAAAUAACAAAUGUGAAUGUGGUAAAAAUGAUGAAUAUAUAGAUGACACAAGGUAUAACUAUAAUAAUAAAAAGGAUGAUGAUCAAUAUGACAAUGAUGAUAAUAUAGCAUAUAAUGAUAAUAAUUAUAAUUAUAAUUAUUGUUGUUUCUAUAAAGACGAUUAUGAGAUAGGAAAUAAACUGGAAAAACAAUUCCUGAAGGAAGAAUUAACUACUAUGGAUUUUUCUAAAUAUAUGAACGGAUCUGUUGAUAAUUAUAGCGAUUUGAUUAAGAGAGGAGGUUAUAAAACGUUGGGUAUAAAUUAUGAAGAAGGGAAAUAUGAAGAAUAUGAACAAUAUGAUUCUUAUGAAGAGUAUGAUGAAAAAUGGGAUAGUGUUUGGAAUAAUAUUUAUGAUGGUAUAAAAAAAGGGAAAUGUGUUGUAUGUUUAGGUACAUUAGAAUUAAAAGAUGCUGCUCCAUCUGGUUUAGAUUAUCCUGAAGGUGUUUCAAUAUCAACAGGAAUUGUAACAAGACAUGCUUAUUCAAUAUUAAAUAUAGAAGAUUAUAAUGGAGAUAAAUUAUUAUAUAUAAAGAAUCCUUGGGGUUGUAUUCGAUGGAAAGGAAGAUAUUCUCAUAAUGAUAUUGAAACAUGGACAAAAGAAUUACAAAAAAAAUUAAAUUAUUCUUUAGAAAAAGCUAUAAGUAAAGAUGAUGGUUGUUUUUGGAUUCCUUGGAAAGAUGUAAUAAAAUAUUUUUCACAUAUAUAUAUAUGUUGGAAUAGUGUUAUUUUCCCAUACCAAUUUGAGAUACAUACAAAAUGGGAAAAUAAUAAUUUAUUGAAUUCAUCCAUAUUAUUAGAUGAUACACAUUUAGUUGCAUACAAUCCACAAUUUGCUUUACAUUUAAAUGUAAGAAAACAAGACUUAUCAGAAGAUGGUUUAUAUUAUAUAGGUAAGAAACCAAUAGAAGUAUGGAUACUUUUAUCAAGACAUGUAAGAGAACGUAAAAGUGAUGUAUCUCAAAAGUAUUUAGCUUUACAUGUGCACGCAGGUAAUGAUAGAAUUAUUUGCCCCUUAUUUCCAAUAAAACAGGGGAUAUACUCCAAUGGAGAAUGUACAUUUAUAAAGUUAAUAAUAGGUGGUAAGGAUGACCUUAUGAGUAUUAAUAUGAUGAGUGAAUCGAAGAAAGAAAUGAAUAAAAAUAAUAUACAAAAUGUGGAAAAUACUAAAAAUUUAGAAAAUAUAAAAAAGGGGGUCAAUAUGAAUAAUAUGUUAAAUAAUGUGCAAAAAGGAAAUAGCACUCAUAGUAGCGGAAAGAACAAUAAUGUAAUCAUUGCUAAUGAUCAAAGAAAUAAUAUGAUCCCAAAUAGGAAUAAUAAUCACCAUAGAGAUAAUAAUAAUCACCAUAGAGAUAAUAAUAAUCACUAUAGAGAUAAUAAUGAUCACCAUGGCGAUAAUGAUUAUAACUGUGUGAAUGAUGAAAAGCAAAAUUUUGAAAAUGAUCCAGAUGUGCUGAGAAAUGUAGAUUAUGUAUUGAUUGUAUCACAAUAUUCACAAAAAGAAGAAUUUAAUUUUACUUUAAAAGUUUUUAGUCAUACUCAUUUAUCCUUAUAUGAAAUACCUCCUUUAUUUCCUGAUAAUUAUUCAUCAUUAUAUUUUAAAGGUAAGUGGACGAAUAAAAGUGCAGGUGGUUGUUCUAAUAAUUUGUGGUCUUAUUUUAGAAAUCCUCAUGUGCGUUUAUAUGUUCCAGAAUGUACAAGAUUUUAUAUCUUCUUAGAAUGUUCUCAAGAACAUUCAGUUAAUUUAAGAAUAUUUAAAGGAAAUACAUCUUCACCAAGAUCUUUAAAAAAAGGAGAUAUAAUAUCUAGUGGUCCAUAUAAAGCUGGAUGUUGUUAUAUAGAAUGUACAUUAGAAAGUGGAAUAUAUUGUCUCAUGCCUUCAUUAUAUAGAGCUAAUGUUACAGGUAAUUAUCAAAUAUGUAUACAUUAUCCAAAUAAUAAAGAGAAACCGAUUUUGUAUUUUAUUCCUUAUUCUUAUAUUGUACCACCUUUUUCAUUUUUUAAAUAUGAAUUGGUACAUUUAUAUUCUUUAAAAAAUUAUUCCGUCAUUUUAUUUCAUACAACAUGUAUGACAUUAUUAUCUUUAAGAAUUACAUUUUUUCAAAAUAUGGAUAUUAAAGGCAUACCCUUUGUUAAUAUAUAUAAAAGAAUAAGUGACUCAAAUAAGACAACAGACGAUUGUGAAAGUGGAAAUAUUAUAAAAAAUAAUUCAUUCAUAACAUGUAUUAAUUAUAAUAAUUCUAUAUAUAAAUUAAUUGAGAAAUGCAAUAUUCAUGGAAAUACAGGAAAUGACGUUCUUCCACUUUCAACAUGUGCUUAUGAUUACUAUAUAAAAUUUAAUUCCGUAUUAAUACCCUUAGUAGAACUAGAAAAAGAAGAAGCUUCUUAUCUAUUACUUAUAACUACAAAUAUAAAAGAUGAUAUUCUCUAUAACCACGAAGCUCAUUUUAUAUCAGACAAGCAAAUUUUUGUGGAUAAAUUUUAUCCACCCCAAUAA